AGGAGGAGUGCGGGUCUUUUGCAUACCCAGCCUCUCACACAUGGUGGCGAACACACGUGACUCAAAGUUUCUGCCUUGGUCGCUGUGGAUGGACUACGCAGCACCGAACCUGCAGAAAAUCCCUACUGUCAGGGAGUCGACAAUGGUCUCUGCCUCCUGGUCCCAGACUAUUUGGUGAAAUAGUCCAUGGCCAUGAGUACCCAGAGGUUUCCACUGUCUGUGGUGGGGAGUGGCCCAACUACAUCCCCCUCUCACCGGGAACUGUUGGAGCUGGAGGGCCCUUUUUUGCUGUGCAGUUGUCACAGCUCCGUCACAGUCCUCCAUGUGCUGCACCCAGUAAAAGCCCUGAUGGAGGCGGCGGAGUGAUUUUGUGACCCGCAAAGUGUCCAGUCCCCACCCCUGCCAUGAGCACUCUGGAGAACAGCCUCCCGCAAUGCUUUUUGGACCGCCACCUCUCCUCUCCCGUAGCUGUCUCCUUCCAUGCCCGCUGUAGCACACCAUCAGCCAGCCGCAGUCUCUCAAACUUUGACCACAACCCUUUGUCGCGAGUGAGAGCGCUGCCACCUCUUCCAAUGGUGGCCUUGGCUGCGCCUCUAUCCACUGUAGCACCGGCUGUAGGUCUGUGUUCUGUCCCUGCUGCUGCCCCCGUUCACCCACAGCGGCAGUCUGCAGCUCACAGCAGACAGGCCUGCUCGCCCGACACUGUGGCACAGACCCUCUCCACUGCACACGGCCCUCUCACAGUGGCGGCACCCGUCUGCAGUACAGGGCCGACUUGGAGUGGCGUGCCCCUGCCCUGUGCACCACUGUGAAGUCGUACCAAAAGACCAGCAGAACUGAAAGUGGGUUUCAGCUGUAUCCAGUCUGGACCACAGACAGUGACAUUACUCUAACAAAGGUGACAAGAGUCCCUCUGUGUACCUCUACAAAGUUGCUUUCUGUCACCAGGGUAUGAGAGCUACGAGAGCACAUGUCUAACAACUUAGAUUAAACAACAAACUAGAUUGACAAACAUUCCCCAUUUUCUAUUUAAAUUGAUGAAAGGUGUUGCAUGAGAUGUCUGAUAUCAGCUACUCAAACUGUGUUGGCAGAUGUAGCAUGGCUAUGACGGUUUUAUGAUUUGCAAAGCAUGAACCAGGUUGGAAAAGAAAUUCAACAUAGAAACGAUUUCCUGGUUGUCUGCAGUGUCAGUCUUUGGUUUUAACCACAAAGUUAUGUCACGUCAACAGAUGAUUUGUCUUUCCUUGUUAAAAAGGAAGCAAGUUGCUUGAGUAGUCAUGGUGACUGUAUUUUGUGACAACACACACAAUAGUUACAAAAACUAUAGUGACAAGACGAAGAGAGACUCUCAAUUGGAUUUGCUCGACUCAUCGCGUCCUGUCCUCUGUCCUCUCCUUGCCUGUUUUUGAAAAAGGUCAAAGGUAAUCGCGGAGUGAAAUGUGAAAACAAAUGCGCUUGUAUGAAAUGACUCUCCUCCACUCAUGCGUCAUCAAGCAAAGGACUUCUAGAGGGGUGGAAUCCCCAAAUAAAUGUGUAAAGUGCAAAAACCAAUUGAACUAGUUGUGUGUAAGACAUGUUAUAGAUAAAAGGAUUAGCGUAUCGCUUUUAAAUGUGAGCAUGCUCUCCUUAGAGAAAACAGCAUCUGAUUCAAAGGGGGUGUGUAUACACUCUUGAGUAUUCUCUGCCAAAGUAGGUAAUGAAGGAGGUGAGCAGACUCCUGUUUGCCUUCUAACGAAUUGACACUCUCCUCGACCACUCGACCCCUUAUCGGUUUCCAGUUCAUGCAGGAGAGGAGGACGGAGGAAUCGAGGAGAGGAUGGACUUUUUCCAAUUGAGAUCCUCCAAAAGACCCAAUCAACAUUGUGUAGCACACAGGGAUUCAUAUUGAAGACAGAGGCCUUGUUACAGAGUGUGGUUUACCUUUGCAUAUCACUUGCAACUGAAGGCCCCCUUCAACAGGAAGCUACUGUGGUCUUCUGAGUAAGAAGACCACAUCUGUGCUACUGCUCAGAACUUUGUUCCAUUGGCUGCAGCUACAAAUAGUAUUUGGGUGAGUACAGUAAAAUAAGCAUUUAUGAACCUAAAUUAACUAUAUGUGUCAUGCACUAAAAUAACCUGGUUUAUGUGCAUGAAUAUGCUUCAUAGUUGUUAAUAAUCACAGAAAAAGCUGUCUACAUGAACAUAAUCUAAGUACUUGUGAUUGUUAUAACGUGAAUAACAUAUAAAAUAAAUUAAGUACCAGUUUAAAUGUAACACUAUAUUAAAUGUUUUCAGAUAUGUAUAAAAUUAAAUGGGAAGAAUUGAAAGAGGCACAGCUGCUCAGACAGGAAGUGACCUAAUCGAUUCCCUCUGUGUCUGAACUUAGUUGCAGAGGUUUGCCAUUUACCUUGCUCAUAUAGUAGCUACUGAAUGUAUGUGCCUGAUACUUUCACUUACAUUUCUGAUACCACUCACCACCAUAUAUUAAAAUACAGAAAAUGUUCUUGGUCAAAACUGAUGGCUGUUUUUUCUGGAUGGUAUUAUGUUAUACCGCUGUUGCUUCAAUGGGAAACAAACAUUGCCAUGCCUCCUGUAACACAUCCACCCUCCAGGCUCCACUGGGCUCUGCGGUGCUCUUGUCAUGCAGCUUUGGGUCUACCUCUCUGGGCAUCAGCCCUGGCCAUGGAUGGGUGGUGUGGAACCAGAUCUCUGGUUCUGGUGCCAGCCUGGUCAACAUCACAUCCUCUGGGAAGGUGGACUUUCUGGACCCUAGGCAGGGCAGAGUGAAGGUUUUCCCCAAUCAGGGAGGUGUGGGGAACUUCUCCAUCAGCAUUGAUGCCCUUCAGGCCUCAGACCUGGGUUCCUACUGCUGUGAGCUACAGAGUAAUGACCAGUGCCAUCGAGUGGAAGUUGAGGAACUUGAUCAAGACAGUAGAGAUCCGCAAGUGUUGUUUUUCAGCGUUGGUGGUGUGGCCGUCCUCAUAGUGCUCCUGAGUGGCUGUUUCUGCUGGGUGAAAUGGACACGAUCCAGUACACUUCCUGAGGACGUUGCGUGUAGUGACGAUGUUGGGAGAGACGUGGCACAGAAGAGAGGUAAAAAACGAGCCGGCAAUGAGCGACCUAUCUAUGAAAACAAUGAGCACGAUCCAACCAGAAUGCAGCAUGAACCGACCAGAAUUCAGCAAAAUCCAACCAGAAUUCAGCAGGAUCCAACCACAAUUCAGUAUGAUCCAACCGGAAUUCUGCAUGAACCACCAAGAAACCAGCACGAACCAGCUAGAUACCAAAAUAAACCAGUGAGAGAUUUGAGUGAGAAAAGAAGAGGGUUUCAUAGAGAACUCAAGAGCAGAUUGCGCCAAUCGAGUCUCGGACAGCAUUACUAUGCAAACCAAGCAGAGAUCAAUGAGCAAGCCAGAGCUCAGAUCGACAGCCACCAAAGAGCAAACGAGGCAGAGACCAACCAGGAGGGAAGAUUCCAAAUGGACAACCGCCAAAGAGGAAGCUUUUGGAGAAAGAAACCCAAAGAGAAAUGUGAAUAUAAAAACCCUAUCUACAACAAGAGUACAGACCAAAUCAACAAAUGAUGGGGAUGAUGAGGAUACUGGGUCUCAACACCUUGGUCUCCUUUUUGUUUGGGUUGUAUUUUUUAAAUAAAGUAUUGUCUUGAAAGUGAAACAAAUAUGAAAUAAAGUGAAAUCA